AGGGAAAACAUCCCCUCACCCGCACGCGUCGACGACCCGCACAUCAACUUUUCCGCCAUCCCGAGAGCCCGGCCGCCGGGUAACGACGCGCUCGAGCUAAUUGGUGUUACGAAUCACGAUUGGCACUGGCACCAAGCCCGCCCACAUAUCACCAAUACUGUUGUACAUCGCGACGUGCAGUUGGGUGCUAUUGACCUAGUUGUCAAGACAAGUACCAGCAUCGGUAGCUUAUAGCUACUUCGCUAGAUACGUUCAAGUUGUCUGAAAAUGGCCCCUCCGGAACUACCGAUUGAAGUGCAGGAACGCGUCGUGGAUCAGCUCCAUGAUGACCGUGAGACUCUGAAGUCAUGCAAUAUGGUCUGCCGUACAUGGAGCUGGACAGCGCGAUCACAUUACUGGAGGACCGUCAAGUUGAACAACCGACGCGACUGUAUUCGUCUACUGUCCGUCCUAGAGGAGUCUCAGCGACUCGGCACCGGCGCCGGUAACUUCGUUCGAAUACUCCAGCUGCCCAGCAUGGGAUUUUCUACCCAGAUUCCUACGCGCGCGAUCAUGCGUUGCGAGCUAUUGCGCAGCGUUAUGCGCCACCUCCCGAUGGUCGAGCUCCUCCACGUGAACGGAUUCAGCAUUAGCUCCCUGCUAUUUCACUUGUACUGCCGUGAGGAGACUUCGAACAUGCAGGACGCUAUAUCUUCGAUUUUCGACUUCCGCCAUCUGAAGGUCGUAUAUUGCGAUUCUUUGGACCUUUUCGGCAUUGGCUACCUCCCGCAGUUCAUUGGGGCCUUCCCGUCGGUCUCGAGGAUCCGAUUACGCAAGGUAACCAGCGAAGGGUUCAGCCCGAUGUUCAACGUAGCCUCUAUCCAAGACUUUCUCGCGAGUCGUCGAAAGGGGCUCAUCUGUAUACAAGAGCUAACCAUGACCAACUGCAUCAUACCGAUAGAGCAGUUGUCGGAACUUCUGGAAACAUUGGCAGCGCCUCCAUUCGAGUUGCAGCUCAAGAGACUGGGAUGGAUGACGAUAAAGCGCGAUGGGAAGGAUUUUCUUCCACUACUGGAGAUGAUGUUCUAUGGGGCAAAAGCGACGCUAGAAUUUUUCCAGUGCACUUUAGAUGCCGGCGAUAGAUGGCUGGAACACCUCGAUCCCUCUGAACAUCUUCGUCUGCAAUCGUUGACACUCGCCUUCCGGUUUUCUCGCGAUCAGCCAAGCCGAUGGGAUCACAUCGCGUCGUUCCUAUCGAAAAUCACCUCCACCAGUCUUCACACACUCGCAAUCCACCUCCACUUCCACGACCAGCUGUUUGUCCAGGAAUUCCUCGACUGGCCGGCUCUAAUUGAAGCAGUACUCUCGCUGCACAGGAAGUGUCCCUCCAUGUCGCUCGGUUUUCGCGUCUACUACUAUGGGAAGGGGACGAUGCCUGAGGUGCAUGCGCCUUUGUGGACACGGAUUGCCCCCAUUUUAGCUGCACGCAUCCCUGUCGGUUUCUACCAGCAGAAGGCCAUUCUUCAAAUUCGGACUUAGGUCAUCUGGGAGGCGGUAGACGUCCAUUUUGUCAGCGUACGUCUGAGCGAUGCGUUCAAUCAUUUGUCUGCCAGCAUUCACAGAUUUGCAGUACGUGGUGCGUCAUAAUA